AUGCCCGAACAAAUAAUUAAAUCUUUGAAACUAAUCAAUGUGAAUCCAACGAUCUACGCGCGCUCGAGAGCCUCUCGCAGGAUUUUAACAAAACAAGAGGAGGAGGAGGAGAGCAUUGAUUCUAUUGACGCACAAGAAAUUUUUGACCUGAUUCGAUCAAUCUCCGACCCGGAGCACCCACUAACCCUCGAAGAAUUGAAUGUAACUCAACUCGAUCACGUAAAGAUUGACGACAAGAACAAUCGCAUUCUUAUCGAGUUCACCCCUACUAUACCACAUUGUUCCAUGGCUACCUUAAUUGGAUUGUGCAUCCGUGUGAGAUUGUUGAGAAGUUUGCCGGAGAGGUUUAAAGUUGACAUCAUGGUCAGGAAAGGUACGCAUCAAUCUGAACAAGCUGUGAACAAACAAUUAAAUGAUAAAGAACGUGUGGCUGCUGCUUUGGAAAAUUCACAUCUGCUUGAAGUAGUGAAUCUGUGUUUGUCGACUGCAGGCUUUCGUGGUGAUACCAUUGUUCGUAACUGA